GAAAAAUUAGGUAUAGUAUUAAAAAAAAAGUAAAAACAUAUUAUUGUUAAUAGUUGUGUUGAAUUCUAUUGGUGCUGGAAUUGUGGAAUUGCUUACAGCAAAAUGCUAAGUUUGAAAGCCUGUAUUUACCGAAAGUGGUAUUUCUAGUGCUGAAAAAGACCGUAACAACAACCGCCUAAUUACGUCCAUCGGAUCAAAGGAUUAAAUUUCGGAAGCUCACAGGUCUUUGACCCUCUGAUGACAAUUAUUUGAAUGUUGACAUAAACGGUCGCGCACGCUUGGAGGUCGGGUCAGCCCCUCGGGACCACGGAGACGACGACAACGACUGCGAUGGAUACGGCCGGAGCAGGAGGAGGAGGAGUAGGGACAGGGGGAGGAGGCGUCCUUGGUGGCGGAAAACAGCCGUCCAGGACGUGGCGCAGACUGAGCUUGAAACAAUACAAGAGAGCUCCGACACAGGACACGGCGGAGAGAACGCCAAAAAAAUGGACGAGCCUUCGACAACACCGCAGAACGGCGGAGGAAUCUAUAACGGAAAUGGAAUCGUCGCCACAGACACAAAGACGCACUAAUUGGGCGGUUUACCAACAUUUUUCAACGGCUUCCGACUCGCCCACUCCAUUACUGGUAAAAAGUCGAGGUGCCAGCGAAACAGUCAAUUACUCGGAAUCCGAUCAGCAGCCAGACGCGUGCGAAAGGGUUUCGCUGUCACCCAACAACAAGUUCGUGCCCGGCCUAUCGGACGACAAUGGAGACAUUCUACGCGAUUUUUCCAAGCUCGGAUGUUGCCAAAAAAUCACCACUCUGUUGACUUCAUCCCAUCAGUUCAACAACUUACAGGUGGAAAUGCUCUACCAAAGAUAUUUUCUGCGAACCAACCAAAGCCACAUGGUCCAUUUGUUGGUGCUGCUCUGUAUACUUUUUACGUGCAUGGCCAUAGCAGUUGUCCUUUCCGACUACGAGACUCAGGUUCAAUGUUCCUUGCUACUGCUGUGUUGUAUACUUAUUUACCUAGUCAUAAUAGGCAUAGUGUCACGGUCCGGGUUGAACGAAGUAUACCUAAGUUUCGUGUCCUACGUGGUGCUGGCCACUUUCCUACUAAUCGAGUUGUCUUUCGGCGUGCUGACCAGAUCCCAAGCCGUCACCGUACCCACGUUAGUGUUCGUCUACAUUUCUUACAGUUUACUGCCGGUCAAGUUGCAGUAUGCCAUCGUGGCCGGCACUAUUUUCAUGCUGUCGCAGUUAAUAUUCACCCUGUCUAUGGAGCAUGGCAUAUCAAAACAGAGUUUCAUUAAUUUGCUAUUGUUGGCGUGCACAAACGUGACUGGUGUAAUGAUGCAUUACCCGAACGAAGUGGCAAAGAGACAAGCAUUCUUGGAGACCAGACAAUGCGUCCAGGCAAGACUGACUACACAAAAAGUUAAUCAACAACAGGAGAGGCUGCUUUUGUCAGUACUGCCCCGGCAUGUCGCUAUGGAAAUGAAGGCCGACAUCGCCGGUAAACGCCAUGACAGCAUGUUCCACAAGAUUUAUAUACAAAAGCACGAGAAUGUCAGCAUUUUGUUCGCGGACAUCUGUGGGUUUACUAGUUUGUCCGAUCAGUGUACAGCUCAAGAGCUCGUAAGGCUACUUAACGAACUGUUUGCGAGGUUCGACCGAUUGGCUCAAGAAAACGCGUGUUUGCGAAUCAAACUGUUGGGAGACUGUUAUUACUGUGUGAGUGGUCUGCCCGAGCACAGGCCGGACCACGCCAACUGUUGCGUCCAGAUGGGUUUGGACAUGAUCGACGCCAUAACUUUGGUGAGGGAUGUUAUGGACGUCAACGUCAACAUGAGGGUAGGAAUACACUCGGGUCGCGUGCACUGCGGCGUACUGGGACUAUGCAAAUGGCAGUUCGACGUGUGGUCGAACGACGUGACGUUGGCGAAUCAAAUGGAAAGCGGUGGAAUACCCGGGAGAAUACAUAUUACUGCGGACACGCUCAAGUAUUUGGGCAACGCUUACCAAGUGGAACCAGGAAACGGUGGCGAGCGGAAUGCGUUUCUAAAGGACCACAACAUCGAAACGUACCUUAUAGUGCCGCCUGAAACAACUUACGUAUCUCAAUACUACAAAAAACAGAGUCCUGGUCAUGCUCAUAAUGGUAAUAUAUCAAAAGAAUUCAGAAUCAUGGGACAUAACCAACGGCAUAAUACAUUUACAUGCAAAGACGAACCCGAGUUGAACCACGGCGAGGUGGACGAAUACUUGUUGUGCGCCAUCGACGCCCGAAGCAUCGACCGUCUCAAAUCGCAGUACUGCUAUCCGAUAACGUUGAAAUUCCGCGACACCAAUAUCGAACAAAUCUACAGCAAAGUGCCCGAUCGAAUGCUCUACACCUACAUGACGUGUACGGUGUGUAUAUAUUCGGCUAUCACCGCAGGUCACGUGAUAAUUCUACCACUGUCUUAUUUGUUACUGGGAUGUUUAAUAGUCGGAUGGCUGACGAUCGUCCUGUCAGCGGCAGUAAUCUUUCGCAAUCGCCUAAUGGUUAGGGCUGACGACGUGACAAUAUUCACGACUUUGUACACUCUCUGUUUGUUUAAGGAAAUGACGGAACCGCUGAAAAAAGCGUCGCAGACAAUCAACCAGAACCGGUCCAUAGCUCAAACGCUGGCCCUGGCCAUAAUCGUCUGUUGCUUUUUGACUUCCAUGACGCCGCUGAUCGUACACAAACUGGAGGUGUGCUUCAACGAACCAAACCUAAACUCCACCGAAGUAUUGGUUGUCGAAAAUCCAAACAUGCGGGAGAGCACUUGUCAACUUUUAUUUAACUACUUGACCGUGUGCGUUAUCAUCCUGAUGAUAUUGGUUGCUGUGUACCAAGUGCUCAUCAGUCUAGUCAAACUCUCCCUGUUGAUAUUCAUAUCGUCCUGUUAUUUUAUAUUUUCCAGCAUGUUUCUAAGCAGCAGGCCAAUAGAAGAAUCGUUUUGGAUUCGCAUACUUAUGUUUGUCGUCAUGUUGGGGCUGAUUGUUGCGUUAAUUCUACAAGCACAGCAGACCGAAGUCACUUCACGACUAGAUUUUCUGUGGAAAUUACAAGCUACGGAGGAAAAAGAAGAUAUGGAACAUCUAGAAGCUUAUAACCGUAAACUUUUAGCAAACAUUCUGCCGGUCCAUGUUGCCGAACAUUUUUUGACUUUGGACAAACCCGUAGACGAACUAUACCACGAGCAGUGCGACAGCGUGUGCAUAAUGUUUGCGUCCAUACCGAACUUCUCCGAAUUUUACGUCGAACUGGAGGCCAACAACGAGGGUGUCGAGUGUCUGCGGCUGCUGAACGAGAUCAUUGCCGACUUCGAUGAGCUGCUCAGCGAACCGCGUUUCCAGUGCAUCGAGAAAAUCAAGUCGACCGGCGCCACAUACAUGGCUGCUUCCGGUCUGACCAGAAACACGUCCGACAGCAAACAGUACUCGCACGUCACCGCCAUGGCCGACUAUGCGCUUAGACUCCGCGAGCAGUUGGCGUACGUCAACGAACACUCAUUCAACAAUUUCCGCAUCAGAAUCGGUAAGUUCUAAUAGAGACUGCACGAGGGUGUAUGAUGAACGGGGUAAUCAGAAUUAAAAUGUCCGUAAAAUAAUCUUCCUCGAU